CAAAUGGCGGCUCUUGUUAUUGUUCCGUAGCGUUUAUGACUUUGUCCAUUAUUAUGUCCGCUUUUUCUACAUUUUUAGGUAAGACGACAUGAGUUAUCAGAUAAUACAUGUUUCUUGUGUGUGAUGAUUGGUUUUAAAGUGGUGUGCAGUGAUGGAUAGCUAUACAAAGCAAGUUAAUGGAUAUACGAAAAUUGGGUUUUAUGUUCAAAUGCAGUAGUCACCUCUUUUUCUAAGGAAAUGUUGGCCUGUUGAAAUGGCCGCGGACAGUGACGGAGGAGGUCAGCUGAUUGAAACUAUAGUUACAUGUGAAGGUGAUAUUAAAGACCCCCAGUUCCCUCAGAAGUUCAAGCAGAUCGUUCAGAAACUGCGACAUUUACUGUGCAACGGUAACGGAGAAUCUUUGAGAGUGGCUAAGGUGGAGCCAUGGAACUCUGUGCGUGUGACUUUCACGAUACCACGCGAAGCGGCACAGCGGUUGCGCCAGUUGGCGCAGGCUGGCGAUGCCGCAUUGCAGCAGUUGGGUAUCCUGUCAGUACAAGUCGAGGGCGACCAGGUGAUCUCACUGCGGCUGGCUGGCCGGUUUGGUGGGGAAGCUCAGGAGAUCGUAUUACGAACUGGGGAGGCAUCAACCAGCUCAGAUGGGGCAGGGCCUUCUCAGUUUAUCAGCCCCAAUGUUGUGGCUCCCUCUGACGGGGAUCCCAUUCCUCCAUUUCCCUCUGCUAACAAAGCAUCUCCUCCAUCAACCUUCCCUUUUGCCAGUAUGACCCAUGCCGCAUCAGCGAUUCAGAGUCGAACCGAGACACACUAUGUGCCACCACCUCCACCCCCACCCUACCCCGAUUCUCCUGCCCCCAAUGUCGCAUUGUCCAGCCCACUGCUGGUUAAUCUCUUGCAGAACGAUGGGGCUCCAGGGCCCUCCACCUCCAAAAUGCCUCCGCCAGCCAGCAAGCAACUCCCAAGAGUAGUAAAGAGUUGCUCCCCUGUGCUCACCAAGAAACCGUCCCCACCUCACGACUCCACGGAGCUUCUACACCAGGCUGGCAACUCAGCGUUUGUCAGCGUCAACCCUACAUGUCAGAGGUUUCCACAGGAGUUGACCCAGAAGGCUUCAACGUUCAUGAGUCAGCCACUAGGGAAGCCUCAGGCUGCUGUAUAUCAACGGCCACCUCAGCCUGUACAACCAUUUAACCCUCCCCCUCCUCAGGUCAGUAACCGUCUACCACUGCAGCAGACGGGACAACCUCCAGUGGUGUUACCACAAAGAACUCAAGUGCCUCUGAACCAGAGGUUAGCGGCGCCCCAGCCACAGCCCCCGCUGUAUAGUCCGGCUCGCUAUCCACCAGCACCAGCCCAAACUCAACCCUACCAACCGCAGUCCCCAAUCAUCAAGAGUCCUCUGCCUCAGCCUGUGAAGCAGAGGGUCUUCACUCAAAGUGCUGUGACUAGCCAACCAGUUUUUCCACCUCAACAAAAUCAACUGCCUUUACCAAAUUCAUCAAAUACACUACACAAUCCGGUUUUACAUCAAAACCAAGCUACUGCAUUUGCAACAAGACCUCCGCAGCAGAGGAUAUUCCAAGCUAGGCAGACUCUGGAGCAAAGAGAAGUGAACCAUCCUGUCAUACAACAUGCUGUGCCAUCUGCCUUGAGACAACCUCAAAAUCCUGUAGCCAACUUUCCUCCACCAUCACCAACACCUUCUACCAUCGGUGUCAACCCUCCACCAUAUCCUAGACUACCUAAUCCGGUGUUAAGAUUCCCAAUGCAAGAAGCGCAAGUAACACAGGAAGAAAAAGUUUCAGGAAGUGAAGAAAAAACAGUAGAACAUUUGAAGGAAGAGAAACCACCAUCACCACCGAGCUCUCCACCUCUGACGUCUAAUGGAAAGAAACGUCAGUUCUUAAUAAACCCUCUAACAGGGCAUCUGGAGCCCAUGCCGAGUGAGAGCAGUUCAGACAGUGAAGCAGAGGAGAAUGUGCCCAACUCCACAUCCCAGCCCAACCUGGACGAUCCCUUCUUCACGUUCCCAUCACCCCUUAAUGACCGGUCGAAUUCUGUCUACUCUGAUGACGAUGACGAUGUGAGUUCUACUGUCUCACGACGAGCAGAUACAACCACUACGGAUCAGUCUGACUCAGAAGCCACCAACCGAUCGACCAAUAGUGAGGCUUCUUCUGUUGUUAGACAUAGAGUGAAGGCCACUUCCAGCCCCGCCCCAGGUGAGAAGAUUAAGCUGCGACUUAAAUUGGAGAAGAAUGAGCCAGUGACACCGGCAUACAAAGUGGACGUGAGCUUCGUGAAUGUGCCACAGGUGAGGAAAGCUGACAAGGGACUAUCUAAGAUAUUCCCUAGUGGGGGAGUACCAGGAACGUCUGCCACUGGGGAGGAACCAAGAGUCCCACCUUUACAUAUCUCCCUGAGAGGGAGGAAUGCAGCAGUUGUUGUGGGAUCAAGAAAAGACAAGAAGUAUUCAUCUAAGGAGUCGAAAGAAGGCAAGAAGUCCAGCAGUAAACUGAAAACAAAGAGUUUACUGGAGGAUGGUAUCAAUCCCACGCUGGUAAAGAAGUGUCAUCCAAGUGAAAAAGUAUUGACGAAAACAGUGAUGAAAUCCAGUGUAUUCGAGCCAGGUGAAGUGAAAGUGCGAACAAAGUUCAAAGGAAGGACGGCUUGUGAUCACGAGGAUGAGGAGGAGUUGCCGAACUCUAGGAUUAUUGAACCGGGGGAAAUUGUUUUGCCGUGUAGUUUACCGACACCAGUCAGAACAUUUCCUACAGAGGAAGAAGUCGCUUCUAUUUUGAGAUCGAUGCCUUCCACUGGUGGACACCACAAAUUAAGUUUAAGUGGAAAAGUGAAAAAACGAGACUCAAAAAAGAAGUUAUAUCCUAGGGAGAGAGGCUUAUUAACGGGUGGUAGGAUAAUGGAGGAGGGUUCGACUGGGGGUAGUAGUGGGUCGAAGUCAGGUAAUGUACAGAGAAAAACGGGUAAAAGUAGUUCGGUUUCAUUGUUAAAAAUGAGUGUAGUGAAGUCAGCCACAAAAGAAGCUAGGAUGAUGGCCGCAGCGAGGAUUUCCAACAGUGAGCGACAGAGGAUGAAUAAUGCCAACUCAGCCUUAGGCAAUGGAGUUGUGCAGAGAAGGCCAUCCAACACUGCCACGGAUAGUAAAGAACUUGCAGGCUUCACAGCGGCUCAAGGCCUGUUGUCCGGUGUGAAGCCAGGUGGACAGCCACCAUCACCUCAUGUGCCAUUCCGCCACAACUGUGUCUCGGAGUUGCUCAAGAAGACUCCCAGCGAUCUCACCAUUCGUAAGGUAUCCACAUCCAAGCUGGAGGGAAAGAGUAGCAAGAGGCCCAGGGACUUGGAUUCCAAGCGCAGUCAGAGCUCGCAUUUCAGUAAAAGUCAAGAGAGGAAGCCCAACAUCCUGACUGUGAACAGAGUCCAAGUGAUAGAGCCGCUGCUGCCAAGAAUUACACCCAAUUCAGCCAAACAGCCUGGGCCUAGCUUACCAGUUAGCGAGUUGGAUGUCUCAGAAAAGAAAGUGAAGCAGAGGUUAUUGGAAGAGGAACCGGUGAAAAAAGUGGAAGUGAAUGAAGUUAUUCAGACAGAAAUAAAAAAUGAAGUGGAGUGUUGUGCUGUUAAACCUGUGCCAGUAGAGAUAACGGCCAGGGUAGGGGGUGGUGGGGAGAGUCCAGCGGGAGGUGGGGAACAAGGAAACACUCAGGGAGAGGAUUCGGGGAUAGAAUCGAUGGAUGCUUUAUCGGAGAAGUCGCCGAACCAGGGGGAAUCACCUUGUCGGAAAGAUGAAAAGGAUUCUAGUGGAAUAGUAGUACCUGCUUCUAAUUCUAACCCUCCUGAGAAAAUAGUGAGGACUAAAAGUAGUGAAGGGGAGUCGGCACAUAGUGUUGUUAAAGUCGAAAACGCGAGUGAUAGUGUCAGUGUCACGGACAAAAGCGUUGAUCGAAGCGAACCUAUUGUUGAUACAUCUAUAAGUAAUAAAAGUGAACCUACUUUAGUUGAACCGCAGACUGUUAGUGAUAAUGCUAAAGAGGAGGGGCCUAGUUUGGAGAGUAAAACUGUGACAAUACCAGAGCCUCCUACUCUAAACUCACCCACGUUAGAAGACCCACAACCUAUCAGGAUCACGCCUGCACUGUACACUUAUUCGAAUCCAGAGAAGCACCGGGAGGAUACGCCAUCUCCGGUUCCUGCUGAGGAGGAACCAUCCACUCCUGCACUGGAGAGCCCACCACCCACAGCUCAACCACCCCCAGCAGUCAUCCCCCCCGCCAGAGCAAAGAGGAAGCGGAAACAAGAGCUUGAAGAACGACCAGAAGAUACCACCACUAAACCGGUUGUUUUAGAGCCUCAAGUCACAUCUGAUACACAGGCUACUCCUGAUAAACUCAAGCCAACUCACAGCACUGGGGGUGUUGAACCUCGGACACUGCGAGGUGUAGGGAGUGGAAAAUCACUGCUGGAGCAGCUUCUGAUAGAGAUCCCACCUGAGCAGAGCCUGGAUCAACGCCGUACCCGCAACACUCGCUCUCACUCAAACAGGGUGGGGCACCCCAGUCCCGAAGUGGGGUCCACAGGGUCUCGCACACCCAAGGUGAGCCCCAACUCCAUGACUCCACCAGCUGUGCGACAGCCUGCUAAACGUGCAAGGAGAGGAUCUGAGAGUUCUAAUGCUUCACACGAAGAGCUGCCUCCUGCUACGCCAAGUAUUUUGGUGUUGGGAUAUGAUGACUCCGUCGGCCAGUGGGUGGUGAAUGCGCGAGGUUUAUCACGUACUACAGUCAGCCUCCCUACCCCACUCCAGCCUCCCAGUCAGCCUCCCUACUCUAACAUUAGAUCUGGGGACUUUACUAUUGAGCCCAAUAAGCGGAAGUGUUCAGAGAACGCAGCAGAACUCAUCAAAGCCUGCAUGGGACUAGAAGAAUACCAGGCAAAGAAAUCUGCGGAUGCUGACAAUACUAAACACAAGAAACAGGGACUGAAUGCAGCUUCGGGGGAAGCAGCCGAAUCCUCGGACGAUGAGCCGCUGAUCGAGAUGGUGGGCAAAGGUCGGACCAAGAGUUGCUCCGGGGAAGACCCAAGUCCCUCACCCACUCGGUCAGCUCGCGGAAGCAAAGAUGAAGAUAUCAAACCCAACAACGGAGGCGCGAGUGGAACAACCACACCUCGUACGAAUCACCGGCUCCCUACGAUUGGCCAGAUUGUGAGUGGAGUUCGGCAACCUCCCACUAUCACACCCACCCUCCCGCCUGCACGGCGGUCCGUACGCCAACAUCCUCCUGAUGACAAGAAAAACAGUGAUAAAGUGAUCUCAAUGAACGCGAAUGCGGUGAACGUUAAAACUCUCAGUGCUAGCAGUAGUAGUGCGAACGGUAGUGAUAUUGCCAAGGGUAUUGGAGCAAAGAGUGGCAACGGUUGUGCGGCGAAUGUGGCUCGAGGGAAGGUUGCGACGGGGCCUACUGCUGCCCCUACCUCUGCUCCCUCUCCCAUCCCAGCAGCUACUGACGAAGUCAAUACACGCAGGAAAACUCGCAGCGGCGCUGUUGGUGGAACAGACGCUGACGCGACCAAACGCCGCAGACCCUCGCGUGACGGCAAGUGACUAUCACCUCCAGUGGUGCCCAUCUCGCUAAACCAUCGCGUAAUUGUUGUGCUUUAUUUCGUGUUAUUUGUUGAUCCUUUGAAUUUUAUUUUUUCUAAUUUUGUGGUUAUUGGUUGUACUUAGUAAGACAGUCUUUUUAUCUUGUA